UUCAUUCGAGGAAGUGGCAGGAGAGGCAACUCAAACGACGGAGAAGAGUUUGUUGUUUAUUCCGCUUUCAGAGAGGACAAACCGGCCCGCAGCCUUUUCAACAUGUCGGGAUAUGAUAACAACCCGUUCGCAGAGCCUGACAGCGUCAACCCGUUCAAUGACCCGUCAGUCACACAAGUGACCAGCUCCAACAUAGAGCCAGUUGACCAGUACAACCCUUUCCCUGCCUCAGAAAGCCUAGCUACUCACACCACUCCAGCCUCCACCUCGCCUUACCAGCCUGCUGUGUUACAGCCGUCUACAGAGCCAAGUCCGCAAGCGACUGCUGCGGCAGCUCAGGCCAAUCUGCUGAGGCAGCAGGAGGAGCUGGAGAGGAAAGCUGCCGAGCUGGACCGCAGAGAGAAGGAGCUACAGAGCAGAGGCUCGACAGGUAAAGAGAACAACUGGCCUCCACUUCCCAAGAGCUUUCCCAUCAGACCAUGUUUCUAUCAGGACUUCUCUGAGGAAAUACCCCCCGAGUCCCAGAGAGUCUGCAAGAUGUUGUACUAUCUCUGGAUGUUCAACUGUGUGACUCUUUUCCUCAACCUGCUGGCGUGUUUGGCUUACUUCACGACUAAUGCAGCCGCUGGUAUCGAUUUUGGUCUCUCCAUUCUCUGGCUCAUCCUCUUCGCUCCUUGCUCCUUCCUCUGCUGGUACCGGCCCGUCUACAAGGCCUUCAAGACUGACAGCUCCUUCAGCUUCUUCUUCUUCUUCUUUGUGUUUUUCUGCCAAGUGGUGAUCUUCAUCAUCCAGGCUGUAGGCAUCCCCAGCUGGGGGAACAGUGGUUGGAUCGCUGCCUUCACCAUCAUCGCUACAAACAAGGCAGUGGGAGCCAUCAUGAUCAUAGUGGCCAUCCUGUUUACCAUCUGUGCCGUGCUGUCAGUCAUCCUGCUCAAGCUGGUCCACGGCAUGUACCGCCGGACCGGGGCCAGUUUCCAGAAGGCUCAGCAGGAAUUCUCGCAGGGCGUCUUUACCAGUAAAACCUUCCAGACAGCUGCUGCUAGUGCAGCUUCCUCCGCUGCACAGGGAACCUUCCAGGGAAACUAAGUAAUGGUAAAGGGAGCUCAGCUGAGCUCUAUUUGACAGGUCAAGGUCUAUAUCUUAUCAGGACCAGGGGAUUAACUAAAACAAAGCUGAAUGAAUCAGGAAGUUGAAGUUCACUGAGAACUUCCUGGAGGUUAUUGUGACUCAGAGGCUGCAAAUUAUGAUCAAACCUUAUAAUGUAUAGACCUUGAACCAGGUGAGGCUACAUUACUAGCCUCUGUCCUUUCACCCCCACUAUCAAUGCACACAAUGCCCCAUGUAAACGUUGCUUCUGCAGAGUGACUGGAUCCUCUCUGUUUGUAAAAAAAAAAAAAAAAAAAAAAAGCAGUCGAGGGGAAAGUCACACAUCGAGUGCAUUCUGGGGUGGAAAGCAUGUAUGAAGUUGACUGAUGGUUAUUUCAGUUUGUCCUGGCUUUGUAAAUUUUGUGUGCACUUUUAGGCAACGCUCCUAAGUGUAAUAUUUGACUGUGUGUGUGCGUGUGUGUGUGUGUGUGCGUGCCUGUGCAUGGGUGUGUGUGCGUGUGCUAGCAUGCUAAUCUCAUGUCUUCAUGUGGGUUAUGUACGCUUUUGUUUCUCCACACUGACGGUGGACCCUGAUCCUGUAAUAUUAAUAAGAUGAAGUCUUUCUGCAUUUCUUUUUGUCUCAAAGGCAUUUCUCUUCGCUAUUGGACCUAUUUUGGCGAACUGUCACUUUUGCAUGCUGCAAUAGUUCAGUCUAAUAAGGAAGAGGAGUAAAUCAUGCAAUUAUUUAAUAAGGAAAAAUACCCUUUCCCCUCUCUUUCAGGUUGUAGCAGUAUGCUUUUAAAAUGUGUGCCUUUGACUUUUGUCAAGAACAAAACUUUUGCCAAGACCUUUCUGAAAACUCGUUUGGUGUCAUUAAAUUGAUGGAAAUACUGUAUAUUUAGGUAUUUGAUAUCACAUGAAAUGGUUUCUACAUAAAGAUCACAUUCACAAAUCAGAGUGUUUCAGUUUCAAUUUCAUGCUUGUAAAUUUAAUUUUUACUAUAAUUUAGAAUACAGAGAGGAAAUAAUAUGAUUUCACUUUAGGCCAAAUUACUUACUAAACCAUUAGAUUUUUGUUUCUUACCAUAUACAGUGUUUAUGAAGCAGCUUCAACUUCUUUAACCACUGCCUUUCAAGAGUUGCUUCAAAGGAAACCAAAGCAAAACUGACAAAAAAUGGAACACUUUGUUAAUAAAAUGUAAUAAAAGUAGAAAUUCACACAGUUUGCUUCAAUGGGCUGAGCCUGUUCAAUUGAUUCCACUAAUAACAAAACUGAAGAUUAACUAUGUAAGCAAAUAAGAUACAUAAAUAUUUAAAUUUUAACAACCACUGACACCUAAUAAAAUGAAUAAAAUAUAAAUAUCACUUAAUAUAUUGCAUUGAAGUAUUUUACUUUGAAAACCAUUUAUCCAAAUUUAUUUGUUAUGAAUUCAGAUUAAAAAAAAAAUCAGAUUGAUAAAUUGAUAAAAAAAUAAAUUAAACUGAGCCCGGAUGUUGCUAUGUGGAGUUUGUUUUCACUCAUUUUUUAGAUUUAAAUUUGAAUUUUAAAAUUGAGCUUGGAUUUUUAGGACUAAAUUUAACCAAUCAAAUUUGAGCAACCUGAGUUUUUUUUUUUACUUCUGAAACUUUGAAUUUGUGAACAUUGAAGAAAAAAAAUAAAAUACAGCUUUUUUAAUAGCAAAUCAAGACAUUUGAUAUUUCAAUUUCAAAGAGGUGAAUUCUGAGCAAAUGAAUAUGAUUUUUUUUUAAGUAAAAUAUUUCAAUGUUAUGCAUACCUUUGUGUUUAAUUUUCAAUAUUGAGUGUUCACUUGCUGUUAAAAUUCUAAUAAUUAUGCUUCUUAUUUGCUUCUAUAAUUAACAUGUGUACUCAGCUCUAAUGAGGUUUGAUAGCAAUAGCAGGAUCUGAAUUCCUGAUAUCCCCCACUGAUUACUUCUCGAAAGCAUUUCAGAUUUUAAAAGUCUUCCUUGUACCUCUCUAAGACGACCACCAAGCUCUAAACUACUUGUGUACCGAUGUGUAUUUUCUGUGUGGUUUCUCAUAUUGGAAAACAUGCAUGUGUGUGUUUAUUUGAUGUACUGUUUUAAAAUAUAAGCUUGGAUGUAACAUACAGAAGCAGUCCUGAAAAACAACUGCAAACUCUGAUAAUUUGUGUGACGUUCUUGCGACAUGAUCUAAUUUAAGGUUUCGAUCUUACAGAGUAUAAAAGACGUACUAUUUCACACACUGCGGUGUGUUUUGAGAGACCAGAUUUCAGUGCCUUUUGUAUUUCAAUAUUGAAGAUAGCAUCUAAUAAAAUGCUUUGCUUUUCAUUUAAA